AUGGCAGACGAAGCCAAAGACAUCGAGAAGCUCUACGAGUACGGCGAAAAGCUCAACGAAGCCAAAGACAAGGGCCAGCAUGUUGAGGAUUAUGAGAAUAUAAUUAAGGCGUCGACAAGCACGAGCAUUAAAGCUAGGCAAUUAGCUGCGCAGCUCAUUCCCAGAUUCUUCAAGUUUUUUCCAGGUCUUUCUGUGAAUGCAGUCGAUGCUCAUCUCGAUUUGUGCGAAGCUGAAGAGCUUGGGAUUCGGGUGCAAGCGAUCCGUGGACUUCCUCUAUUUUGCAAGGAUACACCUGAGCAUCUUUCAAAAAUUGUAGACAUUCUUGCACAACUCCUUACAGCUGAAGAAAAUGUGGAGCGUGAUGCAGUGCAUAAAGCCCUUUUGUCCUUACUAAGGCAGGAUGUGGAAGCUUCAUUGACAGCCCUAUUUAAGCACAUUGAGAGUGUUGAUGAGCCGAUCACGGAUGAAAACCUUCGUGAGAGGACUCUGAUCUUCAUCAGAGAUAAGGUAUUUCCUCUCAAAGCUGAGCUCUUGAAGCCUCAGGAGCAAAUGGAAAGGCAUAUAACUGAUUUGGUCAAAAAAUAUGGAAGUGCUUCUAGAGUAUCAGUUUUCCAUUUGAUAUUGUUGCUCUAUCUGAGAACUCAAAGUUUGCAAGAUGUGACGGGGGCUGAAUUUAAAAUGUUUAUGGAUUUCUUAAAAAGUCUGAAGAUAUUUGGAGAGAAAGCUCCACCAGAGCGUGUGCAAGAACUUAUUGAAAUCAUUGAAGGUCAAGCUGAUUUAGAUGCACAGUUCGAUUUGCUGGAAUCUCCAUUUGCUGAGUUGAUGCAAAUGUUUCUGUGCAUGGGGAUUGCUUUUUUAAGUGAUGGGGUAUUGGUAGGAAUGUCUACCCAGGUCCCACUCAUCAUUCCCACUGCAAGAGGUUCCUACACUGCAUUCAUCACCGUACUGGCUUACAAAGUGCAGGUUUCAGACGGAGAUCACAUUGAUAGAUUGAUAUCAUGCCUUUACAUGGCACUUCCAAUUUUUAUGCAAGGUGCAUCAAAUAGCAAGUUCCUCAACUAUUUGAACAAGAAUAUUUUUCCUGUUUUUGAUAAGCUGCCUGAAGAACGCAAGGUAGACCUGCUGAAAAAUCUUGCAGAAAGUUCACCUUACAUAGCUCCGCAGGAUUCAAGACAGAUUCUUCCCACUGUUGUUCAGCUCUUAAAGAAAUACAUGCCUCUAAGGAAAGCUGGAGAAGAGAUGAACUUCACUUAUGUUGAGUGCUUGUUGUACACAUUUCACCAUUUAGCUCACAAGACUCCAAAUGCCACUAAUAGCGUAUGUGGUUACAAGAUAGUGACUGGCCAACCAUCAGAUAGGCUUGGGGAGGACUUCUCAGAAAAUUACAAAGAGUUCACAGAAAGGUUGAGUUGUGUUGAAGAGCUAGCUAGAGCUACCAUUAAGAAAUUAACUCAGGGAAUGGCUGAGCACAACAAAGCAACGGCUACUACUAAAUCUGAUGAGGCAAAGGCUAGCAUUAAGACGCAAAAGCAGAAUACUACAACUGGGUUGCGAACCUGCAAUAACAUUUUGGCAAUGACACAGCCGCUACAUUUGAAAUCUCCUUCUUUUAUUGGGGAUAAGAGAAUCAAUCUAUCUUGGAAAGAAGCAGCAAAACCUUCUGCACCUUCAACUGCCACAACAACUGGAGGGAAACGUCCUGCUAAUGGUUCUGCCAAUAAUGCAUCAAAAAGGGGUCGUGGAGGUGGUGGUAUGCAAAACCAGCUUGUUAACAGGGCAUUUGAAGGUUUAUCUUAUGAAGGGAGUAGUAGUGCAAGAGGAAGAGGAAGAGGACGAGGCAAAGGCAGAGGCAGAGGUAGGGGGUGGGGUGGACGUGGUAGAGGAAGGGGCUAUCAAUAGCUUUCAUUCAUCCAUAAUGCAACAAAAUAACUGAGAGUUUGGAACAGUUAUGGACCAGAAGAUACAAACACGAUGAAUGUACUAAUAACCACCUCUGCUUGAACAAAUUUUUAGAGAGAAUGAAGAUGACUUGUAGAUUGUUGACUCACUACUGUCGAUCAGAAAUCUUCCGGAGCUUGUCUUGUUCAAUUCGCUUGAAGCAUUUAAGGCUUUGCAUACCCAGUCCCAUCUGAUUAAGCCAAUGGAAACAACUGCUAAUCCUCUCGAGACACUUCCUUUAUCCCCUAAAAAUAGAGUCGUCGUAAACAAGGGCUGUGUGAGACUCUUCCAUCGACUCUUGUGUAUCUUUGAAUGUGCUGCACGAGUACAUUCUCUUGGUUGUUUUCCAUUUGAUUUUUACUUGUUUUAUUAAUGGAUUGUAUUGUGGAAACUCGUUUUAUAGUCAUAGAAAGCAUUUCUUUUUUUUUUUUUUUUUUUU